AUGUCAGAUUUUAGUGAUAUUAGAUUAUUGAUACAAUUAAUGUAUGAUAUAACAAUAUAUUAUAUUAUAUUUAAAAAUUCAAUAAUUAUUACUGGAAAUUUCGAAGAUAUUUUAUCAAAUGAUGUUGAUAUAAAAUUAUUUCAAAUUUCAAAAUAUUUGAAUUCAAUUUCUUUAAACUUUUUCAUAUCGAAUUUAUUUUUAUUACAGGCAUUUUGUAAUUAUUUAAUUGAACAAUUAUCUCAUAAAAAAUUUUCAAGUGUUUGGGAACAUCAGAGUUUUACGAUACUGGCGAUCCUACUCAUACCGCUGUUACCAAUACUUGAAUUUGUGUUAACAGAACAUGUUGAUAAUAACAGUUUAUUAAUAGACAAAGAGAUCAUUUUAGGAUUAAUUUUUGGAGGAUUAAUAUUCAUUAUAACGUUAUUAAACAUAAGAAUAAACAUAAAGCUUAAUAGAUUAAUUAAAAACAAUCAAUUUUCAAGAAACAUUGUUAUGAAUCAAGGAAAAUUAAUAUAUUUUCAAGAUUUAAAUCUUUGGUUGAUCAUUAGUUUAUCAAUUUUAUCAGCAAGUUAUAUAACAUAUAAUAUAGUUUAUAGGUUAAAUUUGAUCACAGACAAUAAACUUUUGAACUCUUCCAAAUCAAAAAGACAAAUCUCUGAACCAAUUGAUACAACAAAAGAUUUUGAUAGUACUGUUAUAGCAUUAGGUACUCCUAAACAUUAUGCUGAAAGCACUAUAAGGAGUAAACAGAUCAUAGUUGAAAUGAGACAAGAUGUUAUUGUGGAUGCUAGAGAAUUUGAUGAUAAUGACGGUGCAAGAACUCCUUUCAGACCUUUUUCCCCCGCUUCUCAUUCUUUGUCUUCAUCUAGUUUGAAUAAUUAUCCUAACAAGUCAUUGAAAAAUAAUCGACAACAAAAUAAUAAUGGUAAAAAUAAUAAUGAUGAUAAUAUCACCAUCGCCACUGCCACUACUCCUAGAUCAAGUAAUUAUAGUAAUGCUACUACUCCUAGAUCAAGUAAUUAUAGUAAUACUGCUACUAGAUUAAGUAAUUAUAAUAAUAAUGAUUAUGGUGUUAGAUUAGGUGGAGGCAAAUUUAAUCAUACUAUUCAUGGAAGUUCUGGAUUAUCUCAAGAGCAUUCAAUUAUAAAAGAAGAAUCAGAAUAUAAUAAUUGCAAUGAUACAUCUUCAAGUAUUUAUAGUUCAGAUAUUAGAAUUGGAUCAAAUCUGCAAUCAACAGUCGGUGAUAAUAGUAAAACUAAUGAAACCAAAUAUUAUGAUUUUGAAAAAAAUAUCUUGAAAAUAAUUAAAAAUCAAGCUAUGCAAGAAGAAAAUUACUCUAAACUAUCUGAAACAAUUCAAGAACCAUUUACAGAGCAUAUUGGAAAUGAAGAAGCAAAAGUAGAAGAAACAUAUCAACCUUCAAAUUUUUCCGUUCAAUUUUCGAAUGUUACUAAUGUAACAAAAGUAGGUCUAGAUUUUGCAAGUGUUGUUUCCAAAGUUACAUUUGAUACAAUGAAGCUUACAACUCAAACUGGGCUAGGAAUUACCAAGGUGGUGACUGGUACUGUAUCAGAUAGUUUAAUCUCAAUAAAUAAUGCUACAAUGAAUGCCAUUAAUAACAAUAACGGAGACAUUGAUAAUAAUGGAAAUAAUGAUAAUACUGGAUACUCAUUUAUUCCAAUGAUAAUCGAUACAUCAACAAAUAUAUUACACAAAACAUUGUCAAUUGCUGAGAAUAUUGCUUUGUUUGGGAUAGAUUUGACAUCGGAUACUAUUCAAUAUAGCUUGGAUACAACAACUGAUGGUUUAUCAGUUGUUGAAAGCUUGUUUGGUAUAUCUGAUUCAGCUAAAGCACUUGAAGAAUUUGUAACACUUGUUAAACGUGAAUGGAGAUUUGAUGAUAUUGAUGAAAACAGUUGUGAUGAUACUAUUCACAAUAGCGAUAGAUCUGUAAAUAAUAUCGAUGGCGGUGAUAGCAGUAAUAAUUUGGAUACUACUAAUGAUGGUAACAAUAAUAAUGUUACAAAAUUUAGAACAUUACGUAUUAUGAAGGCACUAAUUAUUGGAGAAAAUUGA